AUGUUUAAUUCGAUAUUUAGAAGAUAUCAUCAAAUAUUAUUAAAAAAACCGUUAUUGACAAAUAUGAUAAGUACAGGGGUUUUAUUAGGUGGUGGUGAUUUCCUUGCACAAAUUUUACUCCCUCAAACUCCAGAUCAACCAUUUGAUUAUUUAAGAAAUUUAAGGGCAAUAAUAUAUGGGUCAAUUAUAUUUGCACCUAUUGGUGAUAAAUGGUAUAGAAUAUUAAAUAAUAAAGUAGUAUGGACUAAUGGUGCUUCAAAAUUAGAAAAUAGAACAUUAUCAACAAUUUUAAGAGUUGGUGUUGAUCAAUUAAUUUUUGCUCCUUUUAUUGGUAUACCUUUAUAUUAUGCAUCAAUGAUAAUUUUAGAAAAUAAACAACCAUACCUUGAAAAUAUAAUUGAAAAAUUUGAAUCAAGUUGGUGGAUUACCUUAAAAGGUAAUUGGUUGGUAUGGCCUAUUUUCCAAUGGUUUAAUUUUUAUUUAAUUCCAGUACAUUUUAGAUUAUUAGCUGUUAAUAUAAUAAGUAUUGGUUGGAAUACUUUUUUGAGUUAUGUAAUGCAUAAUAAGGAAUAA